AUGCCUUCUGUGAGAAACUUAGUGAUAGCUUACGACGCAUUGAACGAUAACGGGACGUUCUCGGAGGGGGAUACAAUCACAGGAAAAGUGACACUGGAACUUGAAAAGGAAACCAAGAUCGAGAGCCUCUUCGUGAAAGCUAAAGGCGAUGUCAGUGUCCAUUGGUCUGAAAGGCAUGGAGACAAAACCAGAAACUACGAUGCACAUAGGAGACUGUUCAAGCAAAAGCACUUUCUCAUCAGUCAAGAGGCCAAUGACGUCAGACUUCCUGCUGGCAUUCAUAUUUUCAAUUUCAGCCUCCAGAUACCAUUAGGAAAUAUGCCAUCAUCUUUUCGAGGUAAUUAUGGAAAGGCUGUUUACAAACUUGAAGUCAAGCUGAGUAGAAGCUGGAGGAUGGACUCUACAGAUGAAAAAGAGCUUUGUUUUGUGUCAAAGUCAUUUCCUGGUUUUAAUCAAAUGAAUUUUCCGCAGACAGGCUCAACAAACAAGAACGUUGGUGUCUUCAGUAAAGGAACGGUGCAGAUGGAUGUCACAGUGGACAAGAGAGGUUAUGUCCCAGGUGACACCGUCUUUAUAAACGCAAAAAUUAACAAUUCCUCUUCUAAAGACGUGAUCCCCAAAUUCAGCUUAAUUCAAGAUGUGGUGUAUCGUGCCAGUGGCAACACUAAGUUCGAAAAAAAUAUUCCUUCCAAUACACCGAUGUCCAUACUGGAUUGUGACAUACUAUCAGUGGAAUACCGCAUUAAGGGUUAUCUGGAUAUAAGUUUUUCCUCUGACCCCUCAGUUGUGUUUCCAGUGGUUAUUUGCUCUGUCAGCCCUCAUUCAGCAGCCCUGUGCAUACGGCUCUCCAUUUUCCUCCUCAACCUCAUCUUCUGUUCUUCACCCGCCACCCACAUCAGCAGCGAUCCGCCCACCAUCCCCCGGCCCAGUAAACCCUCUGUUCCCUUCAGCUCCACCAACUUACAAUUCACUGGAACCUCCUCCACCAAGUUAUCCCUCUUCCAUAAUCCCAUCUGA